GCAGAUUUGGGGUAACGUUUCAUUCAAUUCAUUCCAUUAACAGUUCUUUCCUUUUUUUCCCCCUUAUGUGGCAUCAUAUCUUCCAUUAAAGCUAGUUUUUGUUUGUUUUAGCGUAUAGUACUUUCCUUUUCCUUUUCAUUUUAAGAAUCCAGGCUUUGUUUGCCCGGGUUUGAUAGAUUUAGUAGCUCUCAGAAAAAUGGAUGAAAUUGAGAUUUCUCGCCAUUUUCUUUGUCCAAUUUCUCUUCAACUUAUGAGAGAUCCUGUUACGAUCUCAACUGGAAUAACGUAUGAUCGAGAUAGUAUAGAGAAAUGGUUAUUUUCAUGCAAGAAGAAGGCGUGCCCGGUUACGAAACAAGUGUUGCACGAUCCAGAUCUAACCCCAAAUCACACUCUUCGUCGAUUGAUCCAGGCAUGGUGCACUCUCAAUGCUUCCCGUGGAAUCGAAAGAAUCCCAACACCAAAGCCGCCAAUCGACAAAACCCAGAUCGCCAAGCUCCUUAAAGAUGCGAAAAAAUCCCCUGAGAUGCAACUCAAAUGCCUUAAAAGGCUCAGAUCAAUCACGCUUGAAGGUGAGAGAAACAGAAGCUGCCUGGAAGCCGCGGAUGCAGUUGAAUUCCUGAUAUCAAUCAUCAAGAGUUAUGAUUCUACGUUACUUGAAGCGGAGGGCAAAGAAGGGUCAGAAUUUAUAAAAGCUAGCGAUGAAGCAUUGAGUAUUCUUUAUCAUAUCAAGGUCUCCGAAAGCUUUCUAAGGAGCAUUAUUAGCAAUGAUAAGGAAUUUUUAGAGUCUGUAGUGCGAGUCCUGAAAAAUGGCAACUACCAAUCUCGAGCAUACGCCAUGAUGCUAUUGAAGGAUAUUUUUGAAGUGGCAGAUCCAAUCCAAUUGAUCAGCGUUACACCUGAAUUCUUUGCCGAAGUAGUACGUACUUUGCGUGAUCAGAUCUCGCAGCAAGCCUCCAAGACAGCAUUGAAACUCUUUGUGGAGCUUUGUCCCUGGGGAAGAAACAGGAUCAAGACUGUAGAAGGUGGUGCAGUGUUUGUGUUGAUCGAUCUUCUUCUCGAAACCUCCGAAAAGAGGGCUUCAGAACUUGCUUUGAUUGUGUUAUAUCAGCUUUGUGGUUGUGCCGAAGGGAGAGCAGAGUUUUUGAAGCACGGAGCAGGGCUAGCUAUUGUCUCGAAGAAAAUAUUCAGGGUUUCCCAUGUGGCAAGCGACAGGGCAGUGAGGAUUAUAUCCUCAAUCUGCAGGUUUUCAGCAACAUCUAGGGUUCUUCAGGAAAUGCUGCAAUUUGGUGUGGUGGCUAAGCUAUGUUUGGUGCUUCAAGUUGAUAGCAGUUACAAGACCAAGGAGAAAGCAAGGGAGAUCCUGAAAUUGCACUCUAGGGUUUGGAGGAACCCUUCUUGUAUUCCUUCUAAUUUGUUAUCUUCUCAUCCAUCUUCUUGAGAUUGGCGCUCCUUUUUUCUCUUUGGUGUAGAUAGAUUGAAACAGGCAUGGGGGCGAAAUCAAAGCAGAUCUCCAUGCAACUAAAUUUGAAUUAUACAAAUAUAAUAGGCAUGAAAUAUUGUCUAUAAAGAGACACUUUCCAUGAGAAUUUUGUAACUAUUCUUUGGAAAUUAUGG